UUGUGUAGUGUGUUGGCCUCUCCAAGAAGUUGUGCUUCAUGGCGGUAACGGAGACUGCGAAUUUGUUGAAUUGUUAAAGCGUCCCCGUCAGUCCUCUUCCCCUUGGGGGCUUUCCUGCCUCAGUCUGGUGGACGCAGCGAUUAGCGGGUUGCGUAGGGAGGUGAAGCUCUGACGAUGGAGAAUGGACAGGGCACAGGCUCCAAGCUUGGCCUGCCGCCUCUCACCCCAGAGCAGCAGGAGGCGCUUCAGAGGGCAAAGAAGUAUGCCAUGGAACAAAGCAUUAAGAGUGUGUUGGUGAAGCAGACCAUCGCCCAUCAGCAGCAACAGCUCACCAACCUGCAGAUGGCAGCAGUGACGAUGGGCUUUGGAGAUCCUCUCUCACCUUUACAAUCGUGUUUGUCGUGUGUUGAUUUCCCCGGUUGGCAGGUGGCAGCUCAGCGGCAACGUGCCCUAGCCAUCAUGUGUCGAGUGUAUGUGGGCUCGAUAUACUAUGAACUUGGUGAGGACACCAUCAGACAGGCCUUUGCUCCCUUUGGCCCAAUCAAGAGCAUUGACAUGUCUUGGGAUUCUGUUACAAUGAAACACAAGGGGUUUGCCUUUGUGGAGUAUGAUGUGCCAGAGGCUGCUCAGCUGGCUCUGGAGCAGAUGAACUCAGUCAUGCUGGGGGGUCGAAACAUUAAGGUUGGGCGGCCAAGUAACAUCGGUCAGGCGCAACCCAUCAUUGACCAGCUGGCAGAGGAGGCGCGCGCCUUUAAUCGGAUCUACGUGGCGUCCGUCCACCCUGACCUGUCAGACGAUGACAUCAAGAGUGUGUUUGAAGCCUUCGGAAGGAUCAAGUCUUGCACGUUAGCCAGAGACCCCACCACAGGGCGACACAGAGGCUUUGGCUUCAUUGAAUAUGAAAAGCCUCAGUCAGCCCUCGACGCUGUAUCUUCUAUGAACCUCUUUGACCUGGGGGGUCAGUACCUACGGGUGGGCAAAGCAGUGACUCCGCCCAUGCCCCUACUGACCCCCACGACCCCUGGUGGUCUGCCGCCUGCUGCAGCUGUGGCCGCAGCGGCAGCCACUGCUAAGAUAACGGCCCAGGCAAGUAUGAAUCCCUUCCAAAGGGAUUUAAUGGCCUUCCAGGAGGCUGUAGCCGGUGCAUCAGUCCUGGGGGCGUUAGCCGCGCCCCAACUUCUCAGUCAGCAAAUGGGAAUACCUCAGGCUGUUAUGGCUGCUCAGGCACCAGGGGUCAUCACAGGUGUGUACCAAGACACGAGUGUGACUCCAGUGCGUCCUCCCAUACCAGUGCUUCCCCAGGUUGGUCUUGUGAACCCGGUGCUUGCAUCACCGCCAGUUCUGUCUAAUCAAGCUGGUGGUUCCAACCAGCAAGAGAGGAAAGAAGAGAAAGAGGAGAUGCUGCAGGAUGGUACGGGGCAGGAGAUGCUGAGUGACCAAGAACACAUGAGCAUCUCUGGCAGCAGUGCCAGACAUAUGGUGAUGCAGAAACUGCUUAGAAAAUCCGAGUCCACGGUGAUGGUGCUUCGGAAUAUGGUCGGACCUGAGGACAUUGACGACGACCUGGAGGGUGAGGUCACAGAAGAGUGUGGGAAGUUUGGCGCCGUCAACAGAGUCAUCAUAUACCAGGAAAAGCAAGGAGAAGAAGAGGAUGCAGAUAUCAUUGUCAAAAUCUUUGUAGAGUUUUCCAUGGCCUCAGAGAUGAACAAAGCCAUCCAGGCCCUCAAUGACCGCUGGUUCGGAGGUCGCAAAGUUGUUGCAGAAGUGUAUGACCAAGACCGUUUCAACAGCAGUGACCUCUCUGCAUAAAGUGUCUGAAAUGGUUCACCAGCAUCCAUCCCUAUACCUGUCACCCAAACUAAUUUCAGUCUCUGCAGCUAGAGAUGCAGGCCUCUGAAACUUGUAAUCAUGUUUUUGUUUGUUUUGUUUUUUUAUUUGGGUGUUUAAUGUUAAACACCCCAUUGUGGGGAUUCAUUCAAAAAUAUACAUGUCCAACUUUUUAUUUGUUUUUGCUUUAUUUGUGAAGACUUUUUUGGUGCAAGUUUCACAAUUUUGUAAUCCUAUCUUGUCACUCAUUUAUGUUUUCCUGCUUUUGCUCCGUUUUGUUUUGUGUUUAUUUUUCAAAAAUUUGCCGGGACAUGUUCAGUUUCUUUGUACGAUUAAAAGUUAUUAUUUGUCCACAAAAAAA